GUCACCAUGCCGCUUUCCCCCUUAUGCCGGCAAUUUCACACAGCCGGCGGCAUGGCAAAAAUAAAAACACUUGCAGGAAAUCAAGGACGGCCAACCCAUCAAAUCUGAUAUGUAUCUCAUGUCAGUCACAGUCUGUCUCUAAACAUAGGCCAGAUAACAUUUCACAAUUAGCACUUCUAAAUAUCAGGUCUCUGGCUGGUAAAUCCUUCAUAGUCAAUGAUUUUAUUAACAAGCACAAACUUGAUUUUAUGUUUCUAACUGAAACGUGGCUAGGUCAGGAAAAUAGUGCCGCAGUUUUGAUUGAGACAGCCCCUCCAAAUUUUAGUUUCUUUAGUGAAGCGAGAAUACACAAGAGAGGAGGCGGAGUUGCCACUCUGUUCAAGGACAGCUUCCAGUGUAGGCAAAUGUUUUAUGGUCAGUUUGACUCCUUUGAAUAUGUUGCCACUCAGUUAAAAUCCCCCUGUCGAGCAAUUUUAGUGACCAUCUACAGACCGCCCAAAUAUAAUGCAAGGUUUUCUGAUGAGUUUGCAAAAUUGCUGUCUAUUGUGUGCAUGGAUUUUGACUGUGUUCUUUUAGUGGGAGAUUUUAACAUUCAUGUUGAUAACCUUACAGAUGGGUGUGCUAAGGAACUGUUAAAUAUCCUGGAUAACUUUGGGCUUUCUCAGCAUGUCACAGAAUCAACACAUAACAGAGGGCACAUAUUAGAUCUAAUUAUUUCCAAAGGUCUUAAUAUCUAUGAGAUUGUGGUGAACGAUGUCGCUUUAUCUGACCAUUACUGUGUUUCGUUCAAAAUGACCACCUCUGCUAAUAAUAUGAAAAGUGAAGCAGAGGUGAUCAGAAAGCGUUACAUAAAUGAUAACACCUGUGCAUUAUUCACCCAGGGUUUUACACCAUCACCAACCCUGCCCUCAGCUCUAGUUGAUGACCUUGUAAACAGUUUUAGCUCCAACAUUAUGACUGUUAUUGAUUCCAUUGCCCCAAUUAAGACCAAAGUUCUGUCAGGAAGAAAAAAGGCACCCUGGAGAAACGCCACACUGGUUAAAGAACACAAAAGAUUAUGUCGACAAGCUGAACGCAGGUGGCGAAAAAACAAACUCCAGGUACAUUACGACAUUUAUAAAGAGAGUCUUCGCAACUAUAACCAGGAACUGAAGAAUGCAAGGCAAUCAUAUUUCUCAGAGAUUAUCAAUAGAAACAGUAAUAAUGCCCGCACACUUUUUUCUGUUGUGGACAGACUGACCAACCCCACAGCAUCACUCCCUCCUGAACUUCUGUCCAACAAGUCAUGUAAUGACUUUGCAGCCUUCUUCACAAACAAAAUAUUGCAGAUAAAACAGGCAGUUGCAUCCAUGGCAACGCCCCCCAGUACCUUAAAGAACUCCUCACCCCCCAGUCCUCAACACGCUCACUCCGCUCUACCAACACCCACAGACUUCUCCCCCCAAGGACUAAGAGCUGCACACUCGGGGACCGAGCUUUGUGUUCCUCGGCUCCUCGACUGUGGAACACCCUCCCAGAACAUCUGA